AUGGAAAAGUGUAAAGAUUUCUGGGUUUCAGUGUUCAUAACCUCUCAACUACCUUCGAACAACUCGGCUGAACCUAUUGUUGUUAUUGAUGGAAGUGAAAAUUUAAACUCAUCGACAGGAAUGAUUGGAAAUUCAGAGAAAUACCACAAUGCUACAGAACCGUCAUAUCUCUACAUAGUACAGUUGGAAUUAAAAUCAAGUCGAGUCGAAGAACCGUUCGCAGAAAUCGAAAAACGACUGGAUAAACUGGUGGAUAUGGCAUUUGUUCUAGCCGCCUAUAAACACAGAAGACAAGCACCACCUGCCGAGAUUAAAUCAGAUAAUUUAGGAUAUAGCACAAAGGUGAGUCUUUAUUUUGACAUUUCUAUAUGUGGGCAAUCCUUUUGA